AUGUCAUCGGGCUGCGAGCGUACAAGAGACACUAAUGAAAGUGGAGCAGUGGAGAAGAUUGGAUCUUGGAAACAAGGCAAGAAAAGACAAAGGCAAUGCUUUGAUGCAGAAGCUGCUUUGGCAUACCUUGGUCACUUGCAAUAUACCGAUCAAGCAGUGUUUUGGAGGCACUCAGUUAACGAGGAGGGAAAGUUGGAGCAUUUGUUUUGGUGUGAUGGAGCCAGCCAGAAGGACUAUGCAGUAUUUGGUGAUGUUUUGGCUUUUGACACGACUUAUAGAAAAAAUAAAUACAUGAGUCCUUUGGUGCUGUUCUCCGGGGUGAAUCAUCAUAACCAGACCACUGUAUUUGCUAGUGCCUUUGUUGCAGAUGAGACUGAAGAAACGUAUGUGUGGCUUCUAGAGCAGUUUCUGGUAGCAAUGGGUGGGAAAACACCUGUAUCUGUUAUAACUGAGGACAAUGUGCCUAUGAGGAGUGCCAUAAGAAGAAUAUUUCCUAAUGCUUAUCAUAGAUUAUGCGCAUUUCACCUUCUACGAAAUGCAAAAGCCAUUGUCAAGAACGAAAGAUUCACGGCAGAGUUUAAGAAAUUUAUGUUUGAUGAUUAUGAGGUUGGUGAAUUUGAGCUUAGGUGGGAUGAAAUGGUUCAAGAGUUUGGGGUGCAAGACAAUAGCUGGGUUAGAGAGAUGUGGGAGAAGAGGAAGAUGUGGGCCACGGCUCAUAUUCGUGGAUUUUUUUUUGCUGAAAACAGGACCACAUCUCGGUGCAAAGGUUUGCGUUCUGUACUUGUGAAAUUUGUAGAUUCACACAACGAUUUGACAGAAUUCUUGCAGUACUACAUGAAGUUCCUGGAUUAUAUGCGCCAUAAAGAACUUGAAGCUGACUUCAAAUCUUGGAAUGGUGAGCCUGUUUGCAUUACACCGUUGAAAAAAUUGGAGAAGUCAGCUUCAAAGGUGUUCACAAGGGAGAUAUAUUUGCUAUUUCGUCCUGUGCUUAUGGAAGGAUGCUCAGUUAGCGUAGUUGAUUGUCAGGAAACAACAAUGUUUUCUAUUUAUGUUGUGCAGAAGUAUCUGGUGAUAGGAAAGGAGUGGCGUGUUUCAUUUUUCCCAUCAACUUCAGAAUUAAAAUGUUCAUGUCUGAAGAUGGAAUCUUUGGGUAUUCCAUGUGAUCACAUAGUUGGUGUGAUGAAAUAUCUACACAUGACUGAGAUGCCUAAAAGUCUAGUCCUAGAUAGAUGGGCCAAGAACACAAAGGGAUCGCUCGUCACUCUUUGUGGUGUUUGCAAGGCUGCGGGUCAUUGUUUGAGGUCAUGCCCAGCUCAGAUGAACAAAGACAACAUGGCGCUUGAUAAUGACGAUGAUGAUGAAGAUGAUGACGACUAUCGAUUUCUAUAA